CCUAUCUCGCCGCGCAUUCGUCUGGUUUCUCAGCGAUGCACUCUGCUGGGUUCUCCGAAGCCUCCACGUUUGUUCCUGCGCUCUUUCUGUCCGGAUCCUCUCAGAGUUGCAGGCCCAGAUCCACGGAGUGCUCCCCGCCCCUCCCGGAGCGCUUGCCCCUGCUACUCCGCCUGCAGGGUCCGCGGCGCCUUCUGCGGAACUCCGGGCCAUAGACGCAUUUCCGGAGGACUGAGUUCACUGUUUUAGUCAGGACUUCCGGUCACCGCUACGGCGCAUGGCGGCGUUAGGGCGUCCUGCUCGGGAGGCACCAGCAGCCUCAAGCCGGAGAACUCAACGCGCUGCGCGCAGACCUCGGCUCCCCCGUCCUGCUUGCGGUGCCGCAGAUCCGCCCCUUGUCAGUUUAGUGCAACCUGCUUGUGACUCUGCCACCAGAGCACAUCCCACAGGCAACACUGUGUCGAUGAAGCAAAAGAAGAAGAAAAUCCCGAACAGGGUCUCUGGGACAAAUGGAGACGGAAAGAUCUCCGAGAAACCUGUCCUAGACGAAGCUCCCCCCAGUGCUGAAGCCCAGGCGGAGCAACUGGCGAGGGAGCUGGCCUGGUGUGUGGAACAGCUAGAGCUGGGACUCAAGACGCAGAAACCCACCCCGAAGCAGAAAGAGCAGGCUGUUGGGGCAAUCCGAACCUUGCGCAGUGAAAAAACCCCCCUGCCCCGGAAGAGACAGCUGAUGCGAUCCUUGUUUGGGGACUACAGGGCUCAAAUGGAUGCCGAAUGGCAGGAAGCCCUGAGGGCUCUAAGGACUGCUACCCAUUCAGCCCGAGUACAGCUUGUAGGAGAGACUGCCAGAAAGAAGAGUGGAAGGGUCUGUAGGCCUCGUCCAACAGGAAGAACCAAGGCCACUGUGGACUUUCCUGAUGAAGAAUUUCGGUUCAAUUUCUUUUAGAUUCUCCUACAUUCUGGACUAGUCAUCCUCCUCCAGGGUGGUGUGACCAUUUGUCUUGAAUAUAGGGGUCUUUCUAUGAACUCUUUUGGCAGAAGUAGGAUUGCUUUGUCUCUAAUUGGUUUGUGGACAUGAAACUGCUGCCCCGGGUGAGACUGUCCUUGAACUUCUCAAGGAAAUGUUCCUCCUGUCAGAAGAGAGGUGCUUUGGGAACUCCUCUGUGCUAAGCCUGAGUGUUGAGUGGAUUGCAGGAAUUGUGCUCCAGUCUCUGGGAAUAACUGUUGGUGGUAAGGAACUGAAGAAUCUGUGUACUUUUGAAAGGAUCAACCUAAUAAAUAUGUUUUUAUUUUUUUAAAAAAAUAGGUGAUGAAUGGAAGCUUGUGAUGUCUAUGGUGGAUGGAGUUAGGUGGGGCAGGGACUGCCUUUACUUGGUACAGCUCUGAUGUCAGGGUUUAGGUCUUUGUCCAUGUUGUCUCUUUUUCUGAGGAGGUUGUCAUCUUCAGAGAGCCAGUGUGGCCUCCAUCAGGCCAUCAUUUGUUCUUGAGCUGCAUGCUUUAACUUGAACUGUGUUUUAGCAGACUUGUGUCUUUUUUUAAAAAAAAACCUUUAUUUAUUUGU